AACAGAACUAAACUCAAGAUGAUCAAGAACUAAAGAAACUCAUCCAUCAAUCCUAUCAAUCAAGCUUAUCAACUCUUACAUUCUCAAAAAUGCCAAAAUUAUUAUCACAUCCAUUCACUUUUGCCUUUACAUCUUCAACCCAUUCAAAUCAUUCAAAACCAUCAAUCUUCCUACUAUCUUCUUUUAUUGGUUUCUUUGAUAUCAAAUUAGGUGUCACAAUCAUUUCUUUAUUAGCUUUGUUAAACAAAGUCGCUGGUAUCUAUGGUGUUUUAGCUGUCUUUACGGGUGUUAGUUUGGCUCAGUUAUCAAUGUACAUCUAUAGUAUUUUAACCAUCGGGUUAGUCAUUUAUGGUUUACAAGCAACUGGUGAAGAAAACGCAAGGAAAACGUUUAUUUAUGCUAAUAGCUUAUUAGUCGAUCAUUUACUUUCCACGGUUUAUACGGUUUGGUUCGGUUUAAGUUGGUAUUUUGAUAAUCCUCAUGAUGGUCGUAGGAUAGCUCAUGGUGAUGCUCAAAAAAAUAUGAUGAAUCCUGAUGCACCUGAACUUUCACCUGAACUUAGAAAACAAGCUGCACAAGCUAUUUGGAAAGCAGAAAGAGAUUUUGCUACGAUGAUUUUAGUAUCAUUAUGGAUCUUAAAAUUAUAUUUUAUUUUUGUGGUUUAUUCUUUUGCAAUUCAUUUAGGUAGAGGUACUUAUACUUCCUUACCACUUUCAAAACCUCCAUCAACCAUUCAAACCAAUCAAAGAAGACUUCAAUCCAAUCUAAAUCAAUCUCAAUCUGGAAAUGAUUCAAAUGAAAUCGAACAUCAUUUACUUUUACCGAUUUCAGAAACUCAUCUUUAUCAUCAUCACAAUACUUCACUUACACUUGAUGAACUUGAUUCUAAUUUAGUUUAAUCAAUCCAAACCUCUCUUUGGGUUGGGUUACAACAAAUAAUACCUUUUUUUUGUAUGUUUUUUUUUGCGAGGGGGAGGGGGUUUGGGGGUUUGGUUCUUUUAUAUACUAACGAAACUUAUAAAAUUGCAUCAUCAUGGUUUUCUUUUCUUCUCUUUUUCUUUUUCUGUUUUUUUUUGUAGUAGAUGAUAAUAGAUUUGAGAAAGGUGGGUUAUACUUUAUGGAUCAUUCAUGUAGUUGAUAAAUCAUAAUGUAAACGUUUCUGAGAUAAUUGAUACUUAAAUGCAUAAAGUGUUUGUACGUGUGUGUGUGUGUGUGUGCAAACUAUAGCUUGAGUCAGUUUUUCCUGAGUCUUUUUCUUCAUCCUUUAUCUUUCAUGGGAUCCUGAUGUAGAUGCAGACUUGAGUCCAGACCCGCCUGUACUCUUAGAAACCAAGUAUCAUAAUAUGUACCUCCAUAAUCACCAUGUAGGCACUUUGUGAUGUCCUUGGUA